AUGUAAAAUCUCCCAGACUGUAAUGAAGUAAAUAAAUACAUAAAAGAAUAUCUAUAAUACUUAGGACUUAACAAUACUCUAGAUUGUUUCGAAGCCGAAUUAAAAUCUAAACAAGUAAUAAAUAAAGUAGUAAAAUAAUAGUAAUAAUAAUCAUCCCGUCCAGAAGAUCUUCCUCGUUUAUACUAAUUAUUAAAAGGUGACAAUAAAUAAUCUAAACGUGAAUUAAAUUUAGAAAAAGACAUGAAAGCUUAAAAUAAGAAAUAUUAAUAAAUAUUAUAAGCCGGACGUUAAAUAUUUUCUGUAUCAAUAAACUUAUUACAAAUUUUACAUUCUUUAAAAGAAUCUGCCUAAAAUGAGAAUUUAAGUGAAACUCUUGAAAAUUAUAAAAUCCAACUUGGAAAAUAUCAUAAAGUAAUAAUAAAUGAAGGAAAACCGGAAGGAGAUGAGCUCUUUACUGAAACAGUAAUGCAAGAACACAAAACAAAACUCCAAAAGCACUUUUCGGAUAGAAAUAUAGACGGAAUGAUUGAAGUACUUCUAUCUUUAAGGGUAAAUGCUUUAUAAAUAGCCCCAGAAUUAAGAAAAAAUCUAGUAUAUGAAUUAAUUAGGAAUGAUAUUUUUAAUAUUGAAGCUACUGAAAAGUUCGAUUUUGUAUUUUAAAUUAUUGAUAUUAAUAACUAAAGUCUUAAACAUGCUAUUACUAGUAUUAUUAGUGUAGUUUCUUCGACUUUAAGAGGAGUAGAAUAUUUAGUUUAUAAUGAAAAAUAUACUAUUAUUGAAAGAAUUAUUAAAGUUUUAAAAGAAUAGGAAAAUGGAAGUGUAACUUAAAGAUUUUGUUUAGCAAUACUUUAAAAAUGUUCAAUAAAAGAAAGUAUAAUUCCUGUCUUGGUAGAAUAAGAUAUGAUUAAUUGGGUUGUUAGUUUAGUAAAAAAGUCUAUUAAUUAAAAAAUUCAUGUCUUUUGUCUUGAUUUUGCAUCCGCAAUGCUUGCAAAUAUCACUCAUACUAAUUAUACUUUAUAAUAUUUUGAAUAACAUCCUGAUUAUACUUAUUAGUUUAUGGAAUCUUUACUAAAAUUAAUGAGAGAAAAUAUACCAGUUUCAGUUCUUAUGCAUAUACUUAUUUGUUUGUCUUAUUUAUCAAAAGAUAGCUUCUAAUAAUAAAUGGAUUAAUGUAAUUUCAUUGAAAGAAUUUCUGAUUUUGUUGAAUAUUAUUCUUAAAUUAACACUAGUGAAAAUGAAGCAGCUGAAAUCGAUAAGAAAACAAUUCUUGAUUUAUGUGCUCAUAUGUUCCAUCCUAAAGAUAAUUCUCUUGAUAAUAGUGAAACUAUUGAAUAAAAUGAAUUAAAAACUGAAGAUAGAAUAAGAGAAUAUGAAAAUGAAUAAGGAGAACUUAUUUUUGAAUGUUUUUAAGAUGAAGUUAGUUAAUGA